GACUACAAGGCAGAAUUCCAUGCCACCACCAACCUCUUCUCUGGUCUGAUUAUGGAAAGUACACAAACGUUGCCGGAACUCUUCACCGCACCAUUUGUUAAGGCUGUCGCAUGUGAAUUUGUAGCCACCGUGAUCUUCAUCUUCGUUGCUCUGGGUGCAGCCUUCAACUGGCCCUCAGGACAGCCCAGCGUCCUCCAGAUCGCAUUGGCUUUUGGUCUAACUGUUGCUACCUUAAUUCAAGCAUUUGGUCACAUCAGCGGCACGCAUGUGAACCCGGCGGUAACCAUUGCCUUCUUUGUAGGGAACCAAAUUUCCAUCUUCCGUCUGCUGUUCUACGUGGCCUUACAGUUGAUGGGAGCUGUUGUUGGCGCAGGGCUGGUCUAUUCAUUGACACCAAACAAGGUCCGUGGAACAUUAGCCCUCAAUGAC